AUGAAGGACAAGGAUGAAAACAGACUAGUUGCAGUGAAGAUUAUGCCGAACAGGUGGGUCGGGACGAGCCACUCGGACUUUGUCAUCGACCACCCUUCUGAGACAGAGCUGCCGUGGCAGGACCUUGGCUGCGUGCGCUUCUUGAACGAUGUCGGAUAUCCAUACGCGUGCGACCUGCUGGGUGUGUAUCGGGAUUCGGAGCACACCUAUGUCGUGACUACCUUUGCCACAGAGGGGGAUCUCUUCUCCUGGUGCGAGGGCGGCGUAGCUCCUGGGCACGAGAGGGAGAUGGUGGUCCAGCCCAUUGCGCGACAGCUCAUGGAGGGCAUCCAGCAGCUGCACGACUUUGGGAUUGUGCACCGCGACCUCUCCCUGGAAAACGUGCUGAUGUCCAAGACAGACAGCGGCUCAUUUAUCAUCAAGAUCAUUGACUUUAGCAUGGCCUCCACAGCAAGGUCCUUCAGGAACUGCAUACGCGGGAAGGCAUCGUACCAGGCACCAGAGCUCCACACGGACCAGGAAUAUGACGCAUACUUGACCGAUGCUUUCUCACUAGGUGUUACGCUCUAUGCAGUGUUGCUGAAGGACUAUCCAUGGCUGUCCACUCGGCCUGGCGGUUGCAAGUGCUUCGAAUACGUCAAGAAGCACGGCUUCAGAGCGUAUCUUGCCAAGCGCAAGCUCCGGAACUCCACGCAGCGGGUUGUGGAGUUCAUGUCUGAACCCUUGGUCUCCCUCCUUGAAGGUUUGCUGACCUUUGAACCGAACGAACGGCUGACCUUGGGAGAGCGGAAGUGGGGUGCCUCACGACGGUCGAUUUGGGAUUUAACCUGGCUUCAUGAAGGGCCUGGGAAGCUGUGA